CUACCAAUACGCUUUAGUUUCGAACUAUUUGUACAAAACGAGGACUUCAGAUAGGAUUUUGUUCACUUUUGUAUCACACAGCUACCUUUUCACUAGGCGGGACGACAAGUUCAACGUUCACAGAUAAUUAUUUUUGAUAAUUUUUUCUGUUAACCAGAUGACCCUUUUGCUCCCGCUCUAUACAAGGAAUUAAUUCACGUAUAUUAUUUCGUGGAACAGAUAUCAAAGUCUCGCGAAACACUAGCGAAUCUUUCAGUUACUCAGAUUAGCAGAAAAACAUGUUUUGUAUGAUUCUUUUUAUAUUUGUGUGUUUAGGAGCAUCGUGGUCAUUUCCUCUAUACGAUUGUCAAUCGAGAAGUAAAGAUAUUCUGUUUAUAAUUGAUUGUCGAAGUAAGGUGCAAGAACAAAUAGACUUUAUGCAAUCUACAGCUAAUUACCUUCUAGAACAACAUUCAGUACAACAGAAUACCUCAUUCAUGACAUUUUCUACCAAUGGGAUAAUUGACAUCAAUAAUUUUACAGCCAUUCAAGAUAUUCAGCUUUCGUGUGGUCAGUCGUUUCCUAUUAAUGACGUAUUUAACGCAUCAGAAGUCUGGUUCACAUCCAGGAAUAGACCACUCGUGACAAUUAUUUUUGUCACUGAAACUCUGUUCACUGAUGUUGACCAAAUAAUUGAAAAGCAAAAGAAAGACACGAAAGUGGACCGACUAUUUUUCAUACCUGAAAGAGAUAACGUGUACACAAUUCUCGGAAUUCGCUUUCUUUAUUUGUACCAAUCUUUCCGUGAAUUAAAUGUGUUGGACGUCUAUGCUGCCAUUUGUAAAACAUCUUGUUCAAAGAACCAUGUCACUUUUACCACGGACAGUUCCAUGAUAUCUUAUUACCAUAUUGCUCAUGUUUAUAACAUGAGUUACGAUCAAAGUGACCGGUACUGUAGAGAUCAGAAAAACAGUUACUUAGUUUCACUAGAGUCUCCUGAAGAAAUCAGUUUUUUAUUGAAUCAUUUCAAAGAAUCUAAUUUGCCACAAGAUUUUAAAAGGUAUUUCAGACUACACCUUGGAAUAAAAUAUAACAGAUACAAUCUAUUGUGGCAGUCAGGCUAUCCCUAUGUGUUUUCUUAUAAUGUCUCAAAGGCUUAUGGAAGGAAUUGUUAUUUUAUUCAUAUAUUUAAUGUGGAGACUACUAAGUAUGCCGUGGAAGACAAUAUUGACUUUUUAACGAAAAAUGUGUUUCUUGAUGAUUGCUCCACAACGUUCAAAACUUCUUUAGUGGUCUGUGAAUGUCAUGAAGUUCUAUCCAAUCCAGAAGUGGCGUACACAUUAGUUCAUGAAGCUUCUAGAAACAAGAACAUUGUACAGCGUACACAUUACAUUCUGUCUAUGAAGUUCCUUUUUGAAGAAUAUUCCUAUGUCUCUAGUUUUGUGCAGUCCAUUCAAUGCCUUGCAAAUAGUUCAACUGGAAACGACUAUUUACAAGCCUACGUCUGUGGCGGAAUAUUAAAACGCAACGUGGAAAAAAUGGAAAAUAAAAAUUAUAAUCUUUCACUUUCACUACAAAAUGGUGUAAGCCAUUUUGUUUUCGAAAAUUUCGACAUUUCUGACUGCAUGUACCAUAUCAAAAAUAAGAACAAUCAAACCUCUGCAAAUUUAAAAGGAUUGAGAUUCAAUAAUAAAAAUGACAUGUUUUGUGAAAAAGAAACUAAUAAAAUAGAAUCUCCUAAAGCCCAGGAAAUGUUUAGCAUUGAUGAUUUUCAUUGUGGAACAAAGUCAAUUGGAUGUGACUAUCCAUCUCCAGCAUUUCGGUGUCAAGGAAACUUAGUUCAUAAAUGUAUUAGAAGUAGAGAUAUUUUUAGUUUCACUUUUGAUGCAAAAUGUAAAGAUAACUCACAUUUACAAAACUGCGAAAAUUUUACCUGCCCUAGAGGAUUUGUCAAAUGUCCUAAAUCUUAUUGCAUUUAUAGCUCAUUUAUUGGUGACAGAAUACUAGACUGUCCUUUCGGUGAGGAUGAAUUUCAGUUAAAUACUUUUUUAGGUUCAGUUCAAGUUAGUUUUAUUAUGGAGGAUCUCUGUAUUUAUACAUUGGACCCAGUUAACUACGCGUUAUUAAAUUAUUCAAAAAAUAUAUCGUUUCAUUGUAGUCUCCCUUGCCCAAGAAAUUUCAUGUGCAUUUCCAAUAGAAGGCGUAUAGGGUCUCAAACCAUGGAGUACGUUUAUAAAAUGAGGUUUGGUCUGUAUAACGCAACUUCUUUUAUAUAUCCAUUACAUAUAUACUCAAUAAUCGGUCCUCCCUUUCGAACAGUAGAAUUCAAUGGACAAGAUUGUAAACUACGCAACUUGGACUUUGCUUUUCAGUAUUGGAAUCUGAUAGAGCUUCUUGUCUUGGAUCUUAGUAGAAAUGAAUUUGUUGGUAGUGGUAAUAUCAAAUUAAUAACAAGUUUAAGCAAAUUAAAAGUGUUGAACAUUUCUCACAACCUGAACUUAACAAUAGAUCAAAAUUUUAUUUUCCCGACAUCAUUAGAGAUCAUUGAUUUAUCUUAUACAAAAACUUCAUCAUUAAAAUUAAAUGUCUUUGAAAAUGUAACUUUUCUAAAACAUUUAAAUCUAAGUAAAACUUUAGUUUCUACAUUUCAAGAUCUGGGAAUACCGGAAUACUUUACACUAGAAAGUUUAUACCUAGAGAAUGUUGAAAUGAGAAAUAUUGAAGAAAAUUUUUUCCGAGGUCUUACUAUAAAGUCUGAGUUACGAGCUAGUGAUUAUAAACUUUGUUGUCCACAAAUAUUAAAUCCUAAUAUUCCAGUGGAUAAAUGUCAUGCACCUGUAGAUGCCAUCUCUUCAUGUAAACAUCUUGUUGGUGACAUUCUAAAGAGAAUUACCAUCUGGACCGUAGGACUUAUAACCUUAGUUGGAAAUGGCAUUGUGUUGGUCUAUAGAAUUGGUUGGAACAGAGAGAUAUUUAAAAAAGCUUAUGGACUGUUUGUAUCUGGUCUGGCUGUUUCAGAUUUUAUUAUGGGAAUUUAUUUACUAUUAAUAGCUUCAGUAGAUAUUCAAUAUGAAGAUAUUUAUGUAUUAGAAGAUGUCAAAUGGAGACAUAGUAAUUUGUGUCAAUUUGCAGGAUUUCUGUCAACAAUCUCAAGUGAAACUUCCACAUUUUUUAUUUGUUUGAUAACAAUAGAUCGAUUCUUAAUAAUUACUUUUCCUUUUGGUCAAUACAGGUUUACGAAAACUCUAAAAAUAGUUUCCUUCAAAUUGGUUUGGGUCAUUGGUUUUCUGUUAGCUCUAAUUCCUAUUACAUUUACUGAAUGGAAUAUUUAUUCUUCUAAUGGUUUGUGUUUGGCUCUGCCUCUGGGAUCUACAGAACAUGAUGGCUGGAUUUUUUCUUUCAUUGUUUUUGUUGUUUUAAAUUUUAUAUUGUUUCUUUUUAUAGCUAUUGGUCAAAUCUUGAUAUUUUUAAACAUUAUAAUUGUAAGGAAGAAUAUUAACCCCGUAACAACUGAUACCAGAAGAAGUAGAGAGGAUUCAAACAUAGCUAAAAAACUUGCUUUGGUUGCCCUGACAGAUUUCAUGUGCUGGUUUCCUGUUGGAAUACUUGGAUUUCUUUCAUUAAAAGGUCACAUCUUUGACCGUGAAGUGUACGCUUGGAUCGCUGUUUUUGUGCUGCCAAUAAAUUCAGCACUUAAUCCAAUUAUUUACACAAUCCCAGCUAUCUAUCAAAAGUGUAGGUCUUAUAUAUUAACGUGGCAUUGUAGUGCAGGAAACCUACCUAGUCUAGAGUCUACUCGUUUAGAUAGAGUUCGAUCGAAUUCGAAAAAAAAUAUCUCUAUAUGAACUUUGAAAUUCUAUCUUACUAUUUUAGCGUUUUGCGCUGGUAUGAUCAGAAAACUGUCCAGAUUGACACACCUCCAGUGUAUUUCAGUCAGACUGUCGCAACUAGAGAAGAAGAGGGGAAAUGAGUCUAAUUGAAACAAUGAAAGUAUACAUUUGAAAAGCGACCAAAAGAAAAUACUUUACUUUAAUUUCCCCCAACUUAGAGCUGAGUGUACUCAGAGGCACCCAAGAAUCCCAAAAUUUAAAAUCUUAGUCUUCAUCAGGAUUCAAACCAGGGAUCCCCGGCUAGGAAGUCAGGCGCUUUACCGCUCAGCCACCGCGCCUUAAAGAGAGGAUAGUUAUUUUUUGGUUGAAAAAGAGCAAAACGGAAUAAGUCUAUGUCUCUAAAUGUCGAACCGAAGGUAAAUUCUAAGGAUUUAGGUUCACGGAAAGUCAAAUCUUGUAUAGCGUAACUUUCAUGUGCAGCAAAUUUUGAAAAUGGAUUGGAGCACCAUGUAUCACAAAACAUAAUCCAAUUGAGUAGAUUGUCUUUGUCAAAAGAAUGGUCAAGGUCUAUGUGCAUAAAAAGUUAAUGAUGAAAUGGUAAAGACUCCGUACUACAUUGAAUCUCUCAGUUGCGUGUGCUAAACAUUUUUAAGAAUGUCUUGACUCUUGAUACAAUAUUAGUCCUAUUUAUGUCUGCUGAGGUUUAAAAUACAGUUUAUUCACAGCAUGUAACUGACAGUGCUAGAUUUAUCUUUUUGCCCUUUUAUAAGAUUUUCUGAAUUACUUUCUGAACUAUUAUUACGUAUUUAACAUUUGUACAGUCUGUGUGCAUUCCUAACACAGACAUUAGCUUUCAUUGAAUUAUUUGCAUGAACUAAUUUCUGGAGCUCCCUUCCUUUUAAAGUAAAAGAAUGUGUAUCUUCUGAAUCUUCAUCGCGCUUACGCAUGUUUAUAUUGUAUUACAUAUAAUCACAACCACUAUUGCCAACAUCUACCAACUGAAACUAAUCACAUGUAUUAAUUGCUUAAAAAUUCUAUUUUAUUACUAAGUAUUCUAGGUUUGAUAUUUCUAUGUAUUUACUUUGUUUCCUAUAUAGAAAAGUGAGGUUAUGUUCCCCUUUCAGACCUUGUGGUCUAUAGGGCAGAUGAUGCUAAGGUCAUUUUUUCCCGUAGCCUACCGUUAAGAAGGGAGUCAUGUGGCCAGCACAACGAUCAACCGCCUUUACUUUUCCCCAAACUAACGUCAGGUACCCAUUAGAGCUCGGUGGACUCAGAGGCGCCAGAAGAUCUCGAAAUACAAAAUACCAGUCUUCACCAGGAUUCGAUCCCCGAUCGCAGUUCAAAAGCCAAGCGCUUUAACGCUCAGUCAGCGCGCCUACUGUUUCCUGUAUAGUGUCUAUAUUUUGCAUUAUCUGGUUCACAUGAAGUGUCAGUCAAAGUCUAUUUUGCACAAGUUGAAUAAAAAAAUAAGUGAUAUUUAUAUGUGCAUGCACAUUGUUUCUGUAUUGUUUUAGGCAUGCUAUGUCUUUAGUUGUUUAUAUUAACAGCUAACAUAAAAAUUGUCUCUUUUUAAUGGUUUCUGUAUCAGAUACAAAGUUGUUAAUGUUUUUUUUUUUAUUAUUAUCUUCGUUACAUAAUUUGUAUAUAAAAUACAUUCUUGUAUUUAUGUGUGUCUUGUAUACUUGUUUUAGCAUACACUAUUUUAUUACAUUUAUAUAUUAACAACACACAAUCUCAAUAUCCCAUUGCAACGUUUGAUUUUUGCUUCAUAAAGCUUCGUUACAAUUUAAAUUCAUUUUUUUAUCAAUAUCUCUUAUUAUAUGUCACCCAUUUUUUGACUCUAGUUUUUAUUUUGUUUGAACCAUAUUUUGAUUUUUCCACCCAUUCUUGUUUCUUUCACUUUCUCCUUGCCUCUUUUUAAUUCCGUGUUUUCUCUUAUUUCGUCGUUUACUUUAAUCUCUUCUCUGUCUAUCACCCUCUCUCUCUCUCUCCCUAUCUGUCUCUCUCUCCUUAUCUGUCUCUCUCUCCCUAUCUGUCUCUCUCUCUCCAUAUAUGUCUCUCUCUCUGUCUCUCCCUCUCUGUCUCUCCCUGUCUCUCUCUCCCUAUCUGUCUCUCUCUCUCUCUAUCUGUCUCUCUCUCUCCCUAUCUGUCUCUCUCUAUCUGUCUCUCUCUCCCUAUCUGUCUCUCUCUAUCUGUCUCUCUCUGUCUCUCCCUAUCUACCUCUCUGUCUCUUUAUCUCUGUCUCACUAUUUCUCUCUACUUUUCUAUAUUGUCUCUUUCUCUCUGUAUUUUUGUUUUUCUCUCUCUCUCUCUCUAUUCUAAAUUUUACUCUAACAUUCCUUUUCACUCUCUCUCUCUCUCUCUCAUCUUAUCUGUCUUUCACCAAUUCUCGUUCCUACAAAAAUGUAUAGAUUGUUCACGUUUGAGUCAUAUAUUUGUAUUCUAAAAACAAGAACCCACAGCAACUUCUCACAUCGUCAUAUUUAAAUAGAGACCUCGAGUGUAUACUAAAUCUUUGGUUUCGUAGUGAUCAGUAUAGACAGCAUCAGGGGCGGACUGAAUGUCCAAAUCGGCCCAGACAUUUCAAUACAGUACGGCCCAUAAAUUGUAUAUCAAAUGAUGGGCCUUCAAUUAUUGGCCUGUCAGUUCUCAAAAUCAUUAAGGUAUGUUAUUUUUUUUUUUAUAAUGAAUCGAUAGGCCUUAUAUUGCUUUUUAACCGCUAUGUUUGUAGGCCCCAAAAGGAGGAAGCCUACUAAUAGCACUGUCUACGGAUGUAGGCUAUUACAUUAUUUUUGAAAAUGUAUUAGAUUAAUUUAGUAUUUCAUUGUAAUCUGUAAAAGAUGUUUUUAACAUGACGCUCAUAUAGCCCCAUAUAUAUGAGAAUAUUAUACAACCUUUAACAAUUUAAUACGUGCCAUAGUGGCAUUCAUGAGGCCUUUUAGGAGGCCCUACCUGCCCAUCUAAGUACCGGUCCACCGGGCAUUUACCUAAAUGUUCUUUCGUAUUACUUUCUUUAUGUUUUUUUUUUUUAAAUAAUUGUUAACAAAUGAAUUAAAGGAAGGCGAGAUAUACAAAUGUUUUUAAUUGUUCAUUGCUUUGACAAAAUGUUUCACAUGAAAGAUAUGUUCGCAAUGUGUGUUUCUGUUUAAUUGUCUGCAAAUCCAUUAAAAGCAAGAUUCAAUUGAAAAGAUGAUAAAAAAUAACAUUCUUUUAUGACUUUGCCAUGCGCACCGCCAUCCAAGAUAGUGCAGAAAGAAGGUGCGCACUAUCAGUGACCAGACAAGUCGGAUGUUGACAUAAGAGACUAACGAUUUCCGCCCAAGUCUAGAGCCAAUAUGGAGAUGCUGUGCUCAAGGCAGAUGUCCUUUGUGUUUGUCAUGUCUCCGUGUAAAUAAACGUCUAUGUCUCGUUGA